GCCAUGGGCUGAAAACUAAACCGAGAUGGAAUCUCCCAGUCUGAACCGGUUUGAGCCGGUUCCGAGCCUGUGGCACUAGGAGGGGGAGACGCGCCGCGCUCAGUCCCUACCGCCGCCGCCUCCGCCACCGCGUGUGCCUGCUGCCAGCUCCACUCGGUAAUCUAUGCCAGCAAUUAUGACAAUGUUAGCAGACCAUGCAGCUCGCCAGCUGCUGGAUUUCAACCAGAAAUUGGAUAUCAAUCUCUUGGACAACGUGGUGAAUUGCUUGUACCAUGGAGAAGGAGCACAGCAAAGAAUGGCACAAGAAGUCUUGACUCACUUAAAAGAACACCCUGAUGCAUGGACAAGAGUUGAUACUAUUUUGGAGUUCUCUCAGAAUAUGAACACCAAAUAUUAUGGGCUGCAAAUCUUGGAAAAUGUGAUUAAAACAAGAUGGAAGAUUCUUCCAAGGAACCAGUGUGAAGGAAUAAAAAAGUAUGUUGUUGGCUUAAUUAUCAAGACCUCAUCUGAUCCAACAUGUGUAGAAAAAGAGAAAGUAUAUAUUGGAAAACUGAAUAUGAUUCUUGUUCAGAUUCUGAAACAGGAAUGGCCCAAACACUGGCCAACAUUUAUAAGUGAUAUUGUAGGGGCAAGCAGAACAAGUGAGAGUCUUUGCCAAAACAAUAUGGUGAUCCUUAAACUGUUGAGUGAAGAAGUGUUUGAUUUCUCUAGUGGACAGAUAACUCAAGUAAAAGCUAAGCAUUUGAAGGAUAGUAUGUGCAAUGAGUUCUCACAGAUAUUUCAGCUGUGUCAGUUUGUGAUGGAAAAUUCUCAAAAUGCUCCCCUUGUUCAUGCAACUUUGGAGACUUUAUUACGGUUCCUUAACUGGAUUCCGUUGGGAUACAUAUUUGAGACCAAGCUAAUCAGCACAUUAAUAUACAAGUUUUUAAAUGUUCCCAUGUUUCGAAAUGUCUCUUUGAAGUGCCUCACAGAGAUUGCAGGUGUCAGUGUAAGCCAAUAUGAGGAACAGUUCGUAACUCUCUUUACACUGACCAUGAUGCAGUUAAAACAGAUGCUUCCUUUAAAUACAAAUAUCCGGCUUGCAUACUCCAAUGGAAAAGAUGACGAACAGAACUUCAUUCAGAAUCUCAGUUUAUUUCUCUGCACAUUUCUUAAGGAACAUGGUCAACUUAUAGAAAAGAGAUUAAAUCUGAGGGAAACCUUAAUGGAGGCUCUUCACUACAUGUUGCUUGUGUCAGAAGUUGAAGAAACUGAAAUUUUCAAAAUCUGUCUUGAAUACUGGAAUCAUUUGGCUGCUGAACUUUAUAGGGAGAGCCCCUUUUCAACGUCUGCUUCUCCAUUGCUUUCGGGAAGUCAGCACUUUGAUGUUCCUCCUAGGAGACAGCUUUAUCUGCCUGUGCUGUCCAAGGUCCGGCUGUUGAUGGUUAGCCGCAUGGCAAAGCCAGAAGAAGUGCUAGUUGUGGAAAAUGAUCAGGGGGAAGUUGUGCGAGAAUUCAUGAAGGACACAGAUUCCAUAAACUUGUACAAGAAUAUGAGAGAAACGCUGGUUUAUCUUACACAUCUGGAUUAUGCUGAUACUGAGCGAAUAAUGACAGAGAAACUUCAUAAUCAAGUCAAUGGAACAGAAUGGUCAUGGAAAAAUUUGAAUACUCUGUGUUGGGCUAUAGGCUCAAUUAGUGGAGCAAUGCAUGAAGAGGAUGAAAAAAGAUUUCUUGUUACAGUAAUUAAGGACCUUUUGGGACUCUGUGAACAAAAGCGAGGGAAAGAUAACAAAGCUAUCAUUGCAUCAAAUAUCAUGUAUAUAGUAGGUCAAUAUCCACGUUUUUUGAGAGCGCACUGGAAAUUUUUGAAGACGGUAGUUAACAAGCUGUUUGAGUUCAUGCAUGAAACUCAUGAUGGCGUCCAGGACAUGGCUUGUGAUACCUUCAUAAAAAUAGCACAGAAAUGCCGCCGACAUUUUGUUCAGGUCCAAGUGGGAGAAGUCAUGCCAUUUAUUGACGAAAUACUGAAUAAUAUUAAUACAAUCAUUUGCGACCUUCAGCCACAACAGGUCCAUACGUUCUAUGAAGCUGUUGGAUACAUGAUUGGGGCACAGACUGACCAAACAGUACAAGAGCAUCUGAUAGAAAAAUACAUGUUGCUCCCUAAUCAAGUGUGGGACAGUAUAAUUCAACAAGCAACAAAAAAUGUUGAUAUUCUAAAGGAUCCUGAAACAGUUAAACAGCUGGGUAGCAUCCUGAAAACAAAUGUAAGAGCAUGUAAAGCAGUCGGCCACCCCUUUGUGAUUCAGCUUGGAAGAAUUUAUUUAGAUAUGCUGAAUGUAUACAAGUGCCUAAGUGAAAACAUUUCUGCAGCUAUUCAGGCAAAUGGUGAAAUGGUUACAAAGCAACCUUUGAUUAGAAGUAUGAGGACAGUAAAAAGGGAAACUUUAAAAUUAAUUUCUGGUUGGGUGAGCAGGUCCAAUGAUCCUCAGAUGGUAGCUGAAAAUUUUGUUCCUCCCCUGUUGGAUGCAGUUCUUAUUGAUUACCAGAGAAACGUUCCAGCUGCUAGAGAACCUGAAGUACUCAGUACAAUGGCUAUCAUUGUAAACAAGCUUGGGGGACAUAUUACUGCUGAAAUACCUCAGAUAUUUGAUGCUGUUUUUGAAUGCACGUUAAAUAUGAUCAAUAAGGAUUUUGAAGAAUAUCCUGAACAUAGAACAAACUUUUUCUUACUACUCCAAGCAGUAAAUUCUCAUUGCUUUCCAGCAUUCCUGGCCAUUCCACCUGCACAGUUCAAACUAGUUUUGGAUUCUAUUAUUUGGGCCUUCAAACACACAAUGAGAAAUGUUGCAGAUACAGGCCUUCAGAUACUGUAUACGCUAUUACAAAACGUUGCGCAAGAGGAAGCUGCUGCCCAGAGUUUUUAUCAGACUUAUUUCUGUGAUAUUCUUCAGCAUAUUUUCUCUGUUGUCACAGACACGUCUCACACAGCUGGUUUGACAAUGCAUGCAUCAAUACUUGCAUAUAUGUUCAAUUUAGUAGAAGAAGGAAAAAUAAGUACUCCCUUAAACCCCGGAAAUCCCGUAAACAACCAAAUGUUUAUUCAGGAGUAUGUUGCUAAUCUUCUUAAAUCUGCAUUUCCUCAUCUGCAAGAUGCACAGGUUAAGCUAUUUGUAACAGGACUCUUCAGUUUAAAUCAGGAUAUUCCUGCAUUCAAAGAACAUCUAAGGGAUUUCCUAGUCCAAAUUAAGGAAUUUGCAGGUGAAGACACAUCUGACUUAUUCUUGGAAGAAAGAGAAACAGCUCUUCGACAGGCUCAAGAGGAAAAACAUAAACUUCAGAUGUCUGUCCCUGGCAUCCUUAAUCCACAUGAAAUUCCUGAGGAAAUGUGUGAUUAAAAAUCAUAAAACAAGUUAUGCAGUUUUCUUUCUGUACAGCUUUGUUGUGAUAGAAGAAAACGGCACUUGGAUAUUUGUUGACCAAAAUGAUGCCAAUUUGUAAAUUAAAAUGUCACCUAGUGGCCCUUUUUCUUAUGUGUUUUUUGUAUAAGAAAUUUUCUGUGAAAUAUCCUUCCAUUGUUUAAGCUUUUGUUUUGGUCAUCUUUAUUUAGAUUUGCAUGAAGUUAAGAAUUAAGGCAUUUUAAAAAAAAAAAAUACUUCAUGCCCAUUUUGUGGCUACAGGGAAAGGAGUCAAAACCCAACUUGUAGAGUCUAUUCCAAAAUUAUACAGUUUUCCGUAAGAGUACCAAUUUUUAAUUAGGGAUCACUUUCUUUCUAGUCUGCCCUGCAGCCUGGAAGAAAAGGUAAUGAGUAAAACAAAUUGAGUUAAUUGUUAAGCAGAGGAAUAUAGUGCUGCAUUAUCUGAACAGUUAGCAGCUUUUGGACUGAGUGAUAAGGCUAGGCUAUAUGUAUUUGCAAGUCAUACGGCAAGUUUGCAGCAAGAUCAUGUGCAUAUCAUCCCAUUGUAAAGCAACUACAAAAGAGUAUGGGAACACAGUACAGUUAGUUAUUUUUACACAGUUCUUUUGUUUUUGUGUGUGUGCUGUCGCUUUGUCGACAACAGCUUUUUGUUUUCCUCAAUGAGGAGUGUUGCUCAUUUGUGAGCCUUCAUUAACUCGAAGUGAAAUGGUUAAAAUAUUUAUCCUGUUAGAAUAGGCUGCAUCUUUUUAACAACUCAUUAAAAAAAACAACCUCUGGCUUUUGAGAUGACUUAUACUAAUUUACAUUGUUUACCAUGCUGUAGUGCUUUAAGAACACUACUUAAAAGCAAAAUAAACUUGGUUUACAUUUA